AUGCCGUUGAGUUCACCUCACCGGCUUGCUGCUGAUCUUCAUUCUCCGAAUUUGGGUCUAUCGCAUAAUAAAAGUACGGAUUCUUUUGAUCUACAGUUUGACGAUAAUUUAGACAGGGCAUUAGAAGAUUUACAAGUACGUACAAGUACCCAUUUGGAACGUACCGAUCGCGAAUUGGAAGAAGGUGAAUCUGCGGAAAGUUUUGAAUUGAGAACGAUUAACGAAAACGAUAGGGAUCCCAUGACCAGAUCAUCGGGAACCGGUGGUUCAGGAACUUUAGUUAAUGAUCCUUGGUUGUCAGAUUCUGCCGAAGCAAACGAAGCACCUGCGAUGGCAGGCUCUAACAUAUCGAGGAAUGGGGUUAUGUCAAGGAUUUUAUCACUUUUUCACGUUUCCCCCAGAUAUCGUUCAUUGCCGGCCAUUGAAUUAAAUGAUAAUCAUACUGAAAGAGAAAUUCAUCCUGAUACCACACCAGUUUACGACAGAAACAAAUAUCCAAGUAAUGAAAUUUCGAAUGCAAAAUAUAAUGCCUUUACUUUCCUACCCACAUUACUUUAUGAACAAUUCAGAUUUUUCUUCAAUUUGUACUUCCUAAUAGUGGCCCUUUCGCAAGCGGUUCCGGCUCUAAGGAUUGGAUAUUUAUCAUCAUAUGUGGUUCCCUUAGCAUUUGUGUUGACAGUUACAAUGUCUAAAGAAGCCAUGGACGACAUUCAAAGGAGGAGACGUGAUAAUGAGAUGAAUAGUGAACCAUACCAUGUAAUCAAUAAACAAAAAUUGGUUAAGAGUAAAGAUUUGAAAGUAGGUGAUUUGAUUAGAAUUUCAAAGGGUAACAAGUUACCAGCUGAUGUGGUUUUAUUACAGUCGAGUGAACCUUCAGGUGAAGCAUUCAUCAAGACUGAUCAACUAGAUGGUGAAACUGAUUGGAAAUUAAGAAUAGCAUGUCCCUUGACUCAGAAUUUGUCUCCAGAGGAUCUUUUGAAUAAAAUUAAUAUCACAGCCUCUGCACCUGAAAAAUCUAUUCAUAAGUUUACAGGUAAAGUAAGUUACAAAGAUUCCACUUCUCAUCCAUUGACAGUCGAUAAUACCCUUUGGGCAAAUACUGUUUUAGCAUCUAGUGGUAGUUGUAUUGCUUGUGUGGUUUAUACAGGUACUGACACAAGACAAGCAAUGAAUACGACUACACCAACAGUAAAGACAGGUCUACUAGAACUGGAAAUCAACAGUAUAUCCAAGAUACUGUGUAUCUGUGUUUUUGUGUUAUCAUUUGGGUUAGUGGUGUUCAAGGGUUUCCAUAAUCAUCUGUGGUACGUGGAUAUUAUGAGAUAUUUAAUUCUUUUCUCGAGUAUCAUUCCGGUUUCCUUAAGAGUUAAUUUAGAUUUGGCCAAAUCUGUUUAUGCUUAUCAAAUCCAACAUGAUAGCACUAUCCCAGAAACAGUGGUGAGAACGAGUACCAUUCCUGAAGAUUUGGGUCGUAUCGAAUACCUUUUAAGUGAUAAGACAGGUACUCUAACCCAAAAUGACAUGCAACUGAAGAAAAUUCAUUUAGGCACUGUUUCCUAUACUCCGGAUACUUUGGACAUUGUAUCUGAUUAUGUGCAAUCCCUGAUUUCUUCUAAAAGUGGUUCAGGGCCAACGACUGCAAGACGUGAUAGAAGUACCCGCGUUCGUGAUAUGGUGGUCACUUUGGCUUUAUGUCAUAAUGUUACACCGACUUUUGAAGAUGAUGAAUUAACAUAUCAGGCAGCCUCCCCCGAUGAGAUUGCCAUUGUGAAAUUCACAGAAUCUGUUGGUUUAUCGCUUUUCAAAAGAGAUCGCCAUUCUAUUACGCUGUUGCAUGAGCAUACUGGAAAGACUCUUGAAUACAAAAUAUUACAAAUUUUCCCUUUCAAUUCUGAUAGGAAACGUAUGGGUAUUAUUUUACAUGACGAGCAAAAGGAUGAAUAUUGGUUCUAUGAGAAGGGUGCCGAUACUGUAAUGACCAAGAUUGUGGAAAAGAACGAUUGGUUAGAUGAAGAGACAGGGAACAUGGCCCGUGAAGGUUUGCGUACUUUGGUCAUUGGUCGUAAAAAGCUUACAGAGGAAAGCUAUGAAGAAUUUCAAAAGAAGUAUGAAAGUGCUUCAUUGUCAAUGUUGAACCGUGAUGAACAAAUGUCUAACGUCGUUGGAGAAUAUUUAGAAGAAGAUCUGGAACUUUUAGGUUUGACUGGUGUUGAGGAUAAAUUGCAAAAAGAUGUGAAGGCCUCCAUAGAGUUACUCAGAAACGCAGGUAUAAAGAUUUGGAUGCUGACAGGUGAUAAAGUGGAAACCGCACGUUGUGUUUCUAUCAGUGCCAAAUUGAUCUCUAGGGGUCAAUAUGUCCAUACUAUUACCAAACUGGAUAAACCGGAGGGUGCUCUUGGUCAACUGGAAUAUCUCAGAUUAAACACUAAUUCAUGUUUAAUCAUUGAUGGUGAAUCGCUCUCUGUUUUCUUGUCUUACUACAGGGAAGAGUUCUUCGAAGUCGUAUCCCGUUUACCUACCACGAUUGCCUGUAGAUGUACUCCACAGCAGAAGGCAGACGUCGCUCUAGUCAUUCGUGAACUAACUGGAAAGCGUGUUUGUUGCAUUGGUGAUGGUGGUAAUGAUGUUAGUAUGAUUCAAUGUGCAGAUGUCGGUGUUGGUCUGGUUGGUAAAGAAGGUAAACAGGCAUCACUUGCUGCUGACUUUUCUACCACUCAAUUCUGUCACUUGACUGAACUGCUUCUAUGGCACGGUAGGAAUUCCUACAAGAGAUCUGCCAAAUUGGCGCAGUUUAUCAUGCACAGAGGCUUAUUGAUUUCAGUCUGUCAAGCAGUAUAUUCAGUCAGUUCUGGUUUUGAACCGAUUGCUCUUUUCACUGGUUGGUUAAUGGUUGGUUAUGCUACCUGUUACACAAUGGCCCCUGUCUUCUCUUUGACCUUGGAUCAUGACAUAGAUGAAUCUUUGACCAAGACUUAUCCAGAACUUUACAAAGAUUUAACGGAGGGCAAGAGUCUCUCAUAUAAGACAUUUUUCGUAUGGGUUGCACUAUCAGUUUAUCAAGGGUGCAUUAUACAGGGUUCCUCUCAAGGUUUUACAAGUUUGAAUGAAAUUGACUUUUUGAAGAUGGUAGCCAUUGGAUUCACGGCUUUAAUUAUAAAUGAAUUGAUCAUGGUUGCCCUCGAAAUUUACACGUGGAAUAAGACCAUGCUGUUGUCAGAAAUCUUAACACUAAUACUAUUCGUGGUUUCCGUUCCUUUCUUGGGAGAAUACUUCGACAUGAAUUACAUGACAAAUCCAAUUUAUUUUGGACAGGUGGUAUUCAUUCUAGCCAUGUCAAUUUUCCCAGUAUGGGCUGCUAAGGCUAUUCAUAGGAGGCUGAAUCCACCAAGUUAUGCAAAAGUUCAAGAGUUCUCGAUUGUCUAG